AUGUCUUAUCAACCGCUCUCUUCAGAUGACCCGGAAGAUCAUAAAUCCUACGGAUCAUUAGAUGCAACACCUAGCCAAAGCCCCACGGCUUUACUAGGCGAGACGAUUCGAAUUGAGGAUCCUGUGGUAGAAAUAGAAAACCCCUUUUUAGACACGGAAACUACAGAGUAUUGGCGACAAGUCUACGAGAAUUGCCAAUAUGAAUGCAGACACAUCUUCAAUCCAAAGCUGACCUGGUCGGCCAGAGAAGAAAGAGAAUUAAUUCGAAAGCUUGAUUGGAAAGUCUGCUUAUGGGCGUGCAUAAUGUUCUUCGGCUUACAAGUAGACCGCGGUAAUCUUUCACAAGCAGUCUCCGACAACAUGUUAGAUGACUUAGGUCUAGAUACUAAUGACUAUAACUAUGGGCAUUCUAUCUUCUUGGUAUCUUUCUUGCUCGCCGAACUUCCUUCGCAGCUCGUAUCAAAAGCCGUGGGCCCAGACCGCUGGAUUCCGAUGCAGAUGGUUCUAUGGUCAUUCGUCGCCAUUUCACAAUGCGGUCUAACUGGUCGUGGUUCCUUUUUACUAACAAGAAGUUUACUCGGAUUCCUUGAGGGAGGAUUCAUACCCGACCUGGUGUUAUGGCUAUCGUAUUUCUAUACAUCACGUGAACUGCCAAUAAGACUCAGUUACUUCUGGACAUCAUUAUCAAUCACGGGAAUUGUUACCUCUUUGCUAGCCUUUGGGUUGCUACAUCUCAGGGGCUUGCUAGGUUGGGAAGGUUGGCGAUGGCUGUUUUUACUUGAAGGAUGUAUAACUUUAUGUAUAGGAAUAGCGUCGUUCUUCAUGAUGCCCGCAUCCGCAGUACAGACCAAAACGUGGUUCCGUCCGAAGGGUUGGUUCACGGAUCGAGAAGAGGCGAUUGUCGUGAACCGAGUGCUUCGCGAUGACCCUUCGAAAGGGGACAUGCAUAAUCGACAGGCAUUAACGCCCAGGAGGUUAUGGGAAGCUUUAAAAGACUACGACUUAUGGCCCCUAUACGCCAUUGGUUUCUGCGCUUACGUACCGCAAUCGCCCCCGAAGACCUAUCUCACUCUUACACUUCGGUCGCUUGGAUUCAGCACGUUCAACACUAACCUCCUAACUAUCCCAGCGGACAUAAUGCAUAUUUUCAACCUCAUUUUAGUCACCAGGCUGUCUGAAUGGUUAAACGAACGAUCAUUGGUGGCUAUUUUUCAACCUCUUUGGACCCUGCCCUGCAUUUUUGCUUUAAGAUUCUGGGGAGGGCUGAUUGAAGAUAAAUGGGGUACAUACGCAAUUAUGAUGGUUCUUCUCUCCUAUCCAUAUUGCCAUGCAAUAUUGGUAGGUUGGUGUUCCAAGAAUUCUAAUAAUGUCGGCACGCGUACGGUUUCGGCAGCUUUAUAUAACAUGAGCGUCCAAGCCGGCAACGUAUACGCUUCUUAUAUUUACCGCGACGAUGACAAGCCUCGAUACCGUCGUGGGAAUUCGACUCUACUUAUGAUCAAUUUAGUUUCCAUUCUUGCUUUCUUGUUGACGAAGCUUUAUUAUGUCUGGCGAAACAAGCAAAAAGAGCGCGUAUGGAACGCUUUAAGUGAAGAACAGCAAGUUGAAUACAGGAAGACAACCAAGCUACAGGGUUCUAGAAGGCUUGAUUUUAGAUUCGCUCACUGA